GUGGAAAACGAACAUGAAACGAUUUGAUGAUGGUUGAAUGUCAAGAGUUGAACUGGAAUGUGCCGCCCAUCAAUGGAACGUCUGUAUUUUUUACACCUGAAAGUUUUGAGCGCUUUAGUUACACGCGGACAUAUGAUGACGACUCUGACUUUGAGGCUUUUCUACGGAGAAAGAAUGAAGAGCUAACUGGGGGCUUACAGAGUCGAGAUCAGGGCAGUAGCAAAGCACAUCAGGAUGGCAGUGCGCUUGAGAAGCGCUUCCCUGUGUCAACGGGCCAAGGACAUGAGCACGGACAGGGGAAGAAAUUGGCUGAUGAGAAAGCAUCAGGUGUGUCGAAGGCAGGGGUCAUGUGUCAGAAAACAGCCAGUGUGGCGUACCCGCGGAAAUCUGGCUAAACCUCGGGGAGCAGAGGCGAUACCUGGAGCUCUACACUCGCUACCACAAUUGUCCUCCGCUCCAUCCCACGGAGGAGAAAGGAUAGAGAUGAACAUCCUCAAGGAGCUACAUACAACGGUGAGCUGUGAACAAGAGGAGUUCCAAAAUUAUCUGCGACACCUGGCUGAGUGCAAUGUAUCCAGUUAUAACUUUUUACAGCCAGCAGCCAAGACGUACAUCCAGGAGAAAAUCAGCCAUGCUUGCAAAAGGGUCCGUCAAUAUCCUCGAUUCUAUGAGACCAUUGAUGCAGUCUCCUUAACGGUCCCAGUGGAGCAGAAAGAGUUUCCUCCCUUGGUAUAUGUCCGUCCACUCUUGGAAUUGGGCCAGGUCCCUAAGGUGAUCCUGCCUAACAUGUCAUGUGGAGCCAAACCUGUUCUGCCUACAGACCACGACAAAGUAUCAGAGCAUUGUCCUCCGGCGGGACGGAAAACCACUGCCUCAAAUACAUGGAACAAACAGGCCUGUAGUCAGGAUUGGAAUGCUGAAGUUCUAGCACAGAAGUAUGGCUGUCAAAUAGUGCUGUCAUCAGGCGGACUGAAAUGUCUCCUUGACAACCAGUCACCAGGAUACCAGCGUGAUUGGCAGCUGCCUGUCAUCGUCAAAGAAUAUCCUGUAGUGGAUAAUGGAAAAACCUUCCUUCACAAGGUCGUUUACAUUGACAAACCUCUUGUGAACCAGAAGAUGACUGUGAGAGAGAAGAAUAGCAAAUUCCACAAAGCUGCUUUGAAAACUCUGGUGUGUAACAUUCUAAAGUCUCACAGGUUGGGGUCAAAGAGGUCAGAGGUCAUUGGUGAAAUCAAACCAAUGAUUAACGUCAAGAAGGAGAAAGGCAAGACUAAGUCAUCCAAUCAGAGUGUUUGUAAAAAGACAAACUCCAGUAAGGUGUCAGAUGAUUUCUUCAGCUCUGGAGAUAUUGAAAUGGACAGCUUGGAAACAUUUGGAAUGUCAGCGGGACUGACAAGGCAAAGUAAAAAGACUGACACAAAAAUGGCUGAGGACGAUGGUAUCAAACCCAAGUCUGCUGAUGUAACGAAAAUGUCUUCUCAUGAAAUUUCCACUGAAUUUACUGCAGAGCCUGUUGUUAAAGUGGAAGUGGAUAACAUAACAACAGAUAACAUUGCAACUGGCAAGGUGAUAACAUGA